CCCAUUAACAGAAAGGUAUGCGCCCCGGUCUCUUAACGCUUAAGAGACCCGCCGCAGACAAUUUCGGGUCUCUUAAGCGUUAAGAGACCUGGUUGCAUACAUUUUGCAAUGGGGCAGUUUGUUUUUGUAAAAUAGCAAAAAGCGCGCAUUGUUUAGAAGUUGGUUUAUUAGUGGAUCCGCCUUUUUCACAUCGCCACGAAGAUGACUUUCGACAAAUGGCUGCAAAGCAUUAAAAAAGCGGAAAAAACAUCUUCCGUGCUGGGCAAUGUUCGUACAGUUUAUUAUCGGUUUCUAGAUGGCCGGGAAAUGUUUGAGGAAUACAGUAUAGAAACUGGUAUGGUCCUAAAGCGUGCCUGGAAGGUAAAAUCCAGGUUGAUUCGAAAGGAAGAAUGGGAAAUUGAACUCGGUGACACAAUAUGUCCAAGUUUGGUUGAAACCGAACCUAAUUUGAAGGAAGCUGAAACAGAACCAGUGGUAUGGAAGAGAAUAACUAGAAAUUUUAUCGAGUGGCGGAUUAGAAAUUUGCCGUAUCCACUCGCUACCUAUACAAUCAUCUGCAAUGGAACUUCCAGGACUCUUACCAUAAAAACAUCGAAUAGCAAAUUUUUUAAGAAAUUAGAAAUUCCUGAGUUUCAUCGUUGCAUGUUUGAACCAAAACGAGAGGAUUUAACCGUCAAACAUCGUAAUUCUACUUUAAUAUUAUCUUAUAAGAAACCAUUGGUUCUAUUGGAGAUGGAAAAGGCUAUAUUAUUGGAACUGCAAGAUUUGGACACUUUUGAACGCGUUUGUGUGUAGCCAUGCGGAAAGAUACCAAUAGCUUCAACAAAGAUUAAAGCGAAACUUAUUGUAACCGAAAUAAAAAUAUUUAAUGGAAAAACGAAA